AUAUUUGAGUUCUACUCGUUAGGUCGUGUUCGAUAUACUUAGAUUAUUGUACAAAAUCCUGGAUUUAUCGGUAAUUCUUUUCAAGCUAAGAUGAUUUCUUGAGUCUAAUGCGAUAUACAAACCACAUUUAACGACAGAGACUCCCGCGCCCCGCGAUCUAUAUUUUAAUAGAGUCGCAUUUGCGACCAAUUUAAGAAGGAGUUCACUCCACACAAUAUAUAGAUUAGAGCGAAGAGAAAGUCUCUCAACUUCAUCAUGGCCGACGUAAACGGCGACUCAAUAUCCCAUACAAAUGGUCAAAAUGGACAUCCUCCAUCCUCGCCGCCAACCCAACCCGCUCCGGCACCCAACCUACAACCUACGGCACCAGUCUCUGCUGCUGCCUCCCCUCCCAUCGCAAAUCCCAGCGUACCUCUCACAUCUCUCCAAGAUAACGGUCUAUCCAAGCGACCCCGCGAUGCUCGUCUUAUUCAUAUGCUCCUUUCCUCACUCGGCGUAUCCGCAUACCAAGAACGCGUUCCUCUCCAACUUCUCGAUUUCGCAUACCGUCACUCCUCUUCUAUUCUUUCCGAUGCAUUACAUCUUUCCUCCGACGCCUAUGUAUCACAACAAACGCGCGCGAGAGAUGCGCCGCCCGGUGGUGGAUUCAGAGAUGCAGAUGGACAAGUUAGCGCGAAUGCGGUUCAACUGGCUAUACAAAGUCGAUUGCAGUAUCAGUUUGGCGCGGGCAAUGGUGGCGGGUUGAGCAAGGAGUUUUUAUUAGAAACUGCACAGGCGAGGAAUAAAAUUGCACUACCAAGAGUUCUACAGAAUGAAUGGGGUGUCAGGUUACCGGCUGAGAGAUUUGUCCUUACGGGUGUGCCAUGGGGAUUGAAGGAUGAGUGGGUGGAGGACGACGAAGAAGAAGAGGAGGGCCCGAUUGGAGAGAGCAUGGAAGGCAUUAUAGCUACGGAGGAAGAUAACCUCGAAGGUGAUGAGGAGGGUGCUGGUGAUAUGAAUGACUUAUUUGGCACGGGUGGAGAUAUGGAUGAGGACAUGGAUAAAGAGGAAUAAUGGUCGUACAAAAAGCAUGUAAUGGCGUUAGGGGCCAGUCUCGCCGUGGUGAUAUACACUAUUGGCAGCAGGAAUUUAGGAAUUCCUUAAAUUAAACACAUAAUACAAGUUAGUUUUUGA